AUGGAAACGCUAAAUUUCGACGGGUUGUCUGCGUGUCGGUUACGCGGCCCUCAUCUUGCUCGGCUAGAACUAAUUAGACGAUUUUCUGUCGAAGAUGAACCGAUUCGACGCCUUCUAGAUAAAAUCAACUUAGGAACGGCUAUCGAUCUUAUAAUCAAUUAUGUGUUAAGGUUCUAUGCAAAGCCUUGUUGCUACAAUGAUGUUGCUCAGUAUCUAUUACUGUUAAAUGAUACGAACCAAGAAGAACUUAUUGACGGGUUGAAAGAAUUUAUAGACAGUGUCAUUCAUCAACGAGAACAGGCUGGGGAAGACAGUGAUGCAAACUGUUGGGCAGUCAUUAUGAACGAAAGACUUCGCAGGACUAUUGGAAGUAUAGACCGAAUGCCGAGGGAGGACAGGCGAAGACACGUGCAGCUGAUCAUUCGAGGGAUCUUGCAGCCAAAUCGAGAGCAGUUGGCUGGGACAGCUUUAGCUCAACUUGCGGCAGCUAUUUUAUGGAACGAGUGGAAGGUACAUGACGACUGGCAAUCAUUUUACGAAAUGAUCUUGCUGCUAGAAUGGACUUCUAAUGAGUACCCAACAGAUCCUUUCUGUAAGCUUGUUCUGUGCCGGGCGUACGCCCAAAUAGGCUGCAUGUAUCGAAUGGUUGCUUUAACUCGAGCGCUUGACAUCAAAUCAGUGCAGAGAGACACUCUUGGUCAUAUUAUGUUUCCUAUGCCAGAGCUUUGCGGCAGGUUCAAUUUUGGUAUCGUUCACUACACUGAAAUGGUCGACGUUUACGAACAAGCAGAAAAAGAGAUCAGCGAAGCUUUGAUAGGAGCAUACCGCAAUGGUGCUUUUAUACAAGUCCCAAAUCUUGUUGCUUUAGCAGAUAAAAUGAGGAGGUCCGUUAUGUCUGUGGCUGCUAACGAACUUCAUCGGUACUUUUCGGCUCUUUUUGCAAUCGAGGACAUCACGGAAGCAGUCAAUACCUUGCAUGGUAGUGACGAUACAAUAGAAUGGGAUUUACUGGUCGACAACCGUGACCUGAGUGUAAUUCCUUCUUUCGAGCGGAAUAUGAAGCAGGAACUGGAGGAUCUAAGAAGCAGUACCCAACAAGAAUUCAUAGAUAUGACCCGUCUCAGACACUACCUGUCGCAAGCGAUUGGCUCAGCAGGAGGUGCUAAGGGUGCUGGUCCCGAAGAAUUAGGUGCUGAUGUGACUCUUCUACUAGUCCACUUGGAGCACUGCCGGCAAACUUAUUCAGCCAUUGUAACUCAGAAUCGACUCAUGCAAUCGCCUUCACCAAUCUAUCUAGCUCAUUGGGUUCAUGGAGGUUUUUUGGAUCCCAUUAUCCGCCUGCUUCAGUCUGCUGUGGAUGUCGUUAGUUCAAGAAAUGCUAAAGCCAUAGAAGUUUCUGUACUCCCAACUACAGAAGAAAGUGAGAAGUACUGGAGUGUGAUGAUGCCCCCGUUUGAGCGGAAAACGCACCCAUUCUUCAUACAAGAGGAGAUUAUUUUGAGCUCACGAGCAUUACAAGCCUUAGUGACAUGUCAAUUACUUAUCAAAGUUCUGGAGAAACUUUUUUCGACUCGGCACGUUGCGGCUGAAGGUAUCUCCAAGAAAAACAAAUCAUCAUCUUCUGUCAAGAAUGACUUUCUUGUGCACUGUGAAGCGCUACAGAUGUCGUUACGAAAUGGUGCUUCUCGACUUACGUCGCGUUUGGAUGAGAUUGAGGAGGUGCUUAAGGAAAAUUCCUUCAGUUUAGUGCCGGAAGUUGGGAGUGAUUGGAAUGAGGAAUUGUCUGAGUUGUUCGCCUCACAAAACAUGAUCGUCUGUGAUCGGGUUUACAAGUCUUACUUGAAUUCAUGUGCCGACAUUCGUUACUUUUUGGAACAUACUGUUGUCUAG